UCGUCAUCAAGAUCAUCAUCAUCAUGUCUAGCAGUCACUCCGGCACAAUUGGCCGUAAACGCGUGGGCAGCGGCUCUGCCGGCUCAACUGCUGGCAGUGAAUACUAUUUCCCUGGCGGCAUCGGUGAACAGCAGCAGAUGCGUCGCCAGCGUUCAGCCGAAUGGCAUAGCCAUAGCCAUGGCCAUGGCCACGGACACGGACAUGGCCAUAGUCGACAUGGUGGCACAUAUGGCGGCAGCUAUGGCGGCAGCAGCAGUGAGGAUGAAUAUCAAAAUACAGCACAAGCAACGGCCUUUGAUACGCAAUUGUUGGCCCAGUUACUACUGCAGAGUCAGCAAUUGGCAAGUAUGGAACAUUACAAUUCCGACUGUGAGCCAGAGUAUUUGCGUCAGCGUAAGCAUGAUCAUCAAUUGGAAGAUGCUGCCAAUAUAACCAUUCCCAGCAACAGUAACAGUGUGGAGGUGACCUAUGCCCAGCCACAUCAACAUCAAAGACAGCCGGUGACAGCCACAAGUGUGGUACAGUCACCACAAAAGUUGACUGGCAAAUAUCAAAUGUCCAAUGCCAAUUUGGGACUUUUUCCCAAUACAAGUGGCCAGCUAACUGGCGGCGUAUCUAGUGGCACUGUGAGUGGCAAUACGCGCAGUACAAAUCCAUUUCUUAACGCCAAAUUUACAACUGAUGAGAUCGCUGCCCCAAUUUCUGAGACGGCAGCAACACCCACAGGAACAGCAACAGCAACACCGACACCCUCGAAUGCCUAUUUAUCAAUAUUGCCUGCCUCGGCCUCCUCGUCGACGGCCGCCUCAAGUAGUCGCAGUCAUCGGAGCACUACAACGCGUAAUACAUUGAAUCGCUUGAGCGGGAUGACCAGUUCAAGUAGCGGAACCUCGGCAUUAUCUGUGAAUCGUAGUGAUUCGUUGCGUCAGCCGACUCAUUCCCUGACUCAGGCACAAAUGCCAGUGACAUCUUCUACGCUGAAGUUAAGCCUAAACGAUGAUAUUGAAAUCGAUGAUAAUGAUGAUGGAGUUGGUGUUGGCGUUGGCGUUGGCGUCGGAGGUGCUGGUGGUGUUAUUAGUGAAUUGGAAAUGGAAUCGGAGGAACCGCCGCCAGAGCCAGCACCGCCAGAGAUUCCACCGCGCACACAAUCCCUGUUGAUGUCGCUGCGCAAGCAUUCCGACUACAAGCUGAAAUAUGAGGAAAAAGGGGACCAAAAACACGAGGAAUUCAUACCAACCAGUCAACUGCAAAAGGAUUACAUUAUUAGUGAUAAUAUGCAACAAUUGCAGAAUUUAUCACCCAACGAUUCCCAGGGACUGGCCGGCCACCCACAACAGAUGCCACAAAGUAUGUCAACUGGCAGCAAUACAAUCGGCCAUGGCGGCAUUGUUGAUCGCAAUGUGGGCAUGCCAAUGGGCGGUGCUGGUACCAUGCCCAUGCCGGGCGGCGUUGGGCACCCAAGUGGCUCGGGUGGCCCUCAAGUGGCCGUCGGUCCGCCCGGCAGUGGCGGAGGUGGCAAUGGUGGCUCACAGCCAUUGGUUAUGCCUGGCUUCCCAUUGAGAAAUUCCCAUUCGGCUCAUGCACCACACUAUUCGCCAUAUUCACCAUCCAGGUUUCACAUAGAUAAACGCUGCCAGCACCGAUGUUCCUGGAAAUGCUUGAGCAUCGCCUUAAUAUUUGUAUCCGUCGUCCUAACCGCCAUGCUGGCAUACUUUGCAGCAGUCAGUUCGAUGAAACCGAAUCUGGACAGCACCAACUGCAUCCUAGUCCAAGAUGUCAAGUCGCAACCACACGAUAUACGCGGCGGCAUCGCCGGCAAGGCCAAUGACAAGCAACUGCUCGGUGGUUCGGCCGGUGGCGGAUCCACCCACACAGCCUACCCCACCGAGGAAUCGAUACAGACGAGUACAUCGGACCAUGGUGGCGGCGGAGGAGGCGGCGGGAUGUCAUCUGGAGGUGGCGGUGUCGGCGGUGGUGCUUCUGGUGGUGCCACUGGAAUACAACAGCAAUUGCUGCUGCAGCAACAACAGCCGCAUAGCAUCAAUCAACCGCUUACCCCAUUGGAUGCCACAAAUACCCAAUUGCAGGAUCAAUUGACCUACGGUGGACUGGGUGGCGGUGGCAUGGCUGGUGUUGGUGGCAUGGCCAAUGGACAGCAACAGCAUCAUCAUAACAAUCUGCUACUACAGGGACAACAGGCUCUGCUGCCCCAACAGGGCUCCAUGGGACUGGGCCAAUGGCCGCAGGUAGUCGAACUAAAGGAAUUCAAUGAAAUGUACCAUGCCAAUAUACCGGCCUAUCAGUUCUGGACACUCGAAUUCCGUAAUAAGCAUCCGGCAUUUAUCCGUUUUAAUUUCACCCUACCCUGGGGCGCUCAUUUCGCAGUCUAUUCGCGUCGCAAUGUUGCUCCAUCGGUUACUCAGCAUGAUUUCGUUGAGUUUAUCAAAGGCGGACGAUUGGAUAGCCAUCUGCGGCAUCGUCGUAGCAUGGCCAAUGCCUCCACCUCAUCAACAUCUUCCACAUCCACAUCGACGUCGUCGUUGGCAAGCAAUUUGAUUGGAGUCCAGCAGGUGGUCCAUGGGCGUCAGCUGUCGGCAGAGAUUGAGGAUCAACAGCAACUAUUGCACCACCACGACCACGAUGACGACGACAUUGAGGAUGAGGAUGUUCUUGAGGAUAACUCAGAUGAGGAUUUCGGCAUGGCAGCUGCAGCUGCUGGCUCUGUGGAGUAUUUCGAUGUGGAAACGCCUCUGGAUACGGCCAAACAGCAUGUCCAACGUAUGGGCAAUUCUCCGGGCGCCACUUUGACGGCUUCGCUUCAUCACAGUGGCCGUCAUCAUCGGCCAAUGCAUCGAUUGACCAAGCGCUCUGCUGUGGAUAAUGGAUUGCCUGCCCUCGAUAUGGACGCCAUGACCGUGAAUGUUUCGCUCUUGCAAUAUCUGGACACUGGCCUGUGGUUCAUCUCUGUCUACAAUGAUGAACUGGUCGCCCAUUCGGUUUCGUUACUAGCCGAGGAGGCCGAAGGUGUCAGCACCACUUGUCCCAAUGAUUGCUCUGGUCGUGGAAGCUGCUAUCUGGGCAAAUGCGAUUGCAUUGACGGCUAUCAGGGUGUCGACUGCUCUAAGAGCGUUUGUCCGGUCUUGUGCUCGGCGCAUGGACACUAUGGCGGCGGCGUUUGUCAUUGUGAGGAUGGCUGGAAGGGAGCCGAAUGCGACAUUCCUGUGGGCGAGUGCGAGGUGCCGAAUUGCUCUAGCCAUGGUCGUUGCAUUGAGGGUGAAUGCCGCUGUGAACGAGGCUGGAAGGGACCUUAUUGUGACCAGCACGAUUGCCUUGAUCCAUUAUGCUCGGGCCAUGGCACCUGUGUGGCUGGACAAUGUUAUUGCAAAGCCGGUUGGCAGGGCGAGGAUUGCGGCACAAUUGAUCAGCAGGUGUAUCAAUGUCUGCCCGGUUGUUCGGAGCAUGGCACCUAUGACUUGGAAACGGGACAAUGUGUAUGCGAGCGUCAUUGGACUGGACCAGAUUGUUCACAAGCUGUUUGCAGUUUGGAUUGCGGCCGCAAUGGCGUCUGCGAGUCGGGCAAAUGCCGUUGCAAUACUGGAUGGACAGGCAAUCUAUGCGAUCAGUUGCCCUGCGAUGUCCGCUGUUCGGGGCAUGGCCAAUGCAAGAAUGGCACAUGUGUUUGCUCUCAAGGCUGGAAUGGACGACAUUGUACACUGCCUGGCUGCGAGAAUGGCUGCUCACGUCAUGGCCAAUGCACCUUGGAGAAUGGCGAAUAUCGUUGCGAUUGUAUUGAAGGUUGGGCUGGCAGCGAUUGUUCCAUAGCCUUGGAAUUGAAUUGCAAGGACAACAUUGACAAUGAUGGCGAUGGAAUGACCGAUUGCUCGGACAGUGAGUGCUGCUCCCAUCCAGCCUGCUCUGAGCAUAUCAUGUGCCUAUCAUCCAAUGAUCCUGUUGAGGUUCUGCUAAGAAAACAACCGCCAUCGGUGACCGCUUCCUUCUAUCAGCGUGUAAAAUUCCUUAUCGAAGAGAAUUCCGUGCAAUCGUACGCUCACAUGGAUGAGUACAGUGAGAAUCGAGUUUCGGUAAUGCGUGGUCAGGUCAUCACACCACAAGGAUUGGGAAUUGUUGGCAUUCGGGUUUCCGUGGAUCGUGACUCCCGUUUCGGCUUUACUCUAACCCGACAAGGAGGAUGGUUUGAUGUCCUAGUGAAUGGCGGCGGUGCCGUAACCCUACAAUUCCAACGUUCACCAUUCCGUCCAUUGACUCGAACCGUAUUUGUGCCAUGGAAUCGCAUAGUCGUCCUGCCGCCAGUUCAAAUGCAAUUGAGUGACGAUGAUGAGACAACUAGUCGAAACAUUAAAGUCGCCCCAUUGAAUCCGGCCCUAACUUUCCUAAACUCGAUACACUAUCAUACGGCUGACGAGGCCAACGAUGCCAGCAAAGUGUGCAUGGACCAUGAUCAUGAGAAGCUCAAACCGCAAUUGAUCAGCACAUGGAUGCCAAAUGGUGUGGGCGCUUUGCCCGGCAAACGGGUCAUCUUUGCCGAGACUCAGAUUGUCCAAGAAUCAAUACAAAUACCCGGCUCGGACCUCCAUCUGACGUAUCAAUCAUCUCAGGCCUCUGGCUAUUUGAGCAUUGUACGCAUGCGUUUGACCUCAGAGACCAUACCCACAACUCUGACCCAUGUCCAUGUGGGCGUCGAGAUCGAGGGAGCUCUGCAUGUGAAGACCUAUGAGGCGGAUCCAAAUCUGGUGCACACAUUCGCAUGGAAUAAACGCAAUGUGUACCGCCAAAAGGUCUAUGGAGUGACCAUCGCUCGCAUUUCCGUGGGCUAUCAGCACUCGACGUGCCAGCAACCGGUCUGGAUCACCCAGACGGCGAAACUGCAGGGCUACGAUGUGGAUAUCUCUGACAUCGGUGGCUGGGGAUUGGAUAUCCAUCAUCACUAUAAUUUCCAUGAAGGCAUCCUGCAGAAGGGCGACGGUAGCACGCUGCACAUGAAGGAAUAUCCGCGCACUGUGAAAGUGGUGAUGGGCACUGGCCUGCAGAGACCACUCAAUUGCCCGGACUAUUGCAAUGGUGUGGCCAAGGAUGCGAAACUCUUGACCCCUAUUGCCUUGGCCACCGGACCCGAUGGCAGUCUCUAUGUGGGUGACUUCAAUCUGGUGCGCCGCAUCACGCCCGAUGGCAAGGUCUUUACCAUUUUGCAACUGAGCGCCACCCAGGUAUCGUAUCAGUAUUAUCUGGCCGUCUCGCCGGCCGACGGACAUUUGUAUAUCUCCGAUCCGGAGCGGCAUCAGAUAUUGCGACUGCUUCGCCUGGAGAAGGUCAAGGAUCCGAGCAUCAACAGUGAACCAGUGGUGGGCAGUGGCCAACGUUGCAUUCCCGGCGAUGAGGGCAAUUGCGGUGAUUCGGGACCAGCCCUUCAGGCUCGUCUCUCGCAUCCCAAGGGCUUGGCCAUAGCCGCCGAUCGCACCAUGUACAUUGCCGAUGGCACGAACAUUCGAGCCGUCGAUCCCAAGGGCAUUAUCCACACCCUAAUUGGCCACCAUGGACAUCAUAAUCACUGGAGUCCAGCUCCCUGUACCGGCACCCUCAUGGCCAAUCAGGCGCAAUUGCAAUGGCCAACUGGCUUGGCUCUCAGUCCCCUGGAUGGCUCGCUGCAUUUCAUUGACGAUCGCCUGGUCUUGCGCCUCACCUCGGACAUGAAGAUACGCGUUGUGGCCGGCACUCCGCUGCACUGCAGCAACAAUGGCCAAGAUAAUCGAGUGAAUAAGACGGCAACAGAUAACGUACUGGGCACAGUUCUUGCCAUGGCCUUCUCGCCGUUCGGUGAUCUCUAUAUUGCCGAUAGUGAUUCGAGGCGCAUAAACUCGAUUCGUGUCGUGAAUACGGCUGGACAUAUGCGUUACUUUGCUGGCAAACAGGAAGGAACUGGCUCACAGUCGUGCGACUGUACAAUUGGAAAUGGCUCAGCCUCAGCCUCGUCCGGUGGUGUUGUCGGUGGCAUGGGGAUUGCAAAUGGCGGCGCUUACUCAACGACCGUGAAUCCGACACGCAAUAAUGGUGGCACUACACCAACGACACCAUCUGGCGGAAACGGAAAUAAUGGCAGUGCAGCCGGCUCAUCGUCGGCGGGAGGCGGUGGUCCUGGUGGUGCGUCUGGCAGUGGCAAUAAUAGCGGCGGCGCUGGCAGUGGAGGUGGAACUAACUCGAACGGCGGUGCCUGUGUCUGUCCCGGCGGUAAUCUAGGCGCCGGCUCGUCAGCUGGUUCAGCUGGCACUUUGGCCAACAUUGUGGCCGGCGGCAGUCUCAUGUCCACUGGGCCAACCACCACCACAACGGUCCUAUUGGGCGCCAAGACAACGGCAGCGGGCGUGGGUGGUGCCACCCUCAACGAUGAUGGAACACUGAGUAAUGCGGAGACUUUACUAUCGUCGAAUGCCCGCUUCCAGGCCAUAUCGGCCAUAGCUGUGGCUCAGGAUGGUGUCAUCAAUGUGGCUGAUCAAGGAUCCCUUCAUGUUCUGGCCCUGGAACACUAUUUGCCAUCACACGAUGAGAACGGCGAAUUCCAUAUACCCUUCCCGCCGUCCAGCGAGAUUUAUGUGUUCAAUCGUUAUGGACAACAUGUGGCCACCAAGGAUCUGACAUCGGGUAAAACUCGCUACAGUUUCCUCUACUCGAAGAACACCAGCUUCGGUCGUCUCUCGACUGUGACAGAUGCCUCGGGCAAUAAGAUACAAUUCCUGCGCGACUACAGCAAUGUGGUUAGCUCGAUUGAGAAUACCCAGGAUCACAAAUCGGAAAUCCAGAUCAAUGGCAUUGGCAUCAUGACCAAGCUGAGUGAGAAGGGCCGGCAGGAAAUUGAACUCGACUACGAUAGCAAUACGGGCUUGUUGAAUUCGCGAUCGUCGGGCGGCGAAACGUAUAUCUAUCAGUAUGAUGAAUUUGGCCGAGUCACUGGCAUGAUCCUGCCCAGCGGUGAGAUUGUACGCAUAACCUCGCAAUUGGCGGACAAUAAGGGCUUAACCGUCUAUGUUCAUGCAUCGGUCGAAUCGCUAUUCUCACGGGAACGCCUCACAACGGUGGGAACAACGGCGAAUGAGUUACUCGUUCUGGGUGGAGUACGAUCUGCUUAUUUGAAGCGUGGAUUGGCCCAUGCCGAUGCCGAAUUGAAGGCCAAUAACACUCUGGUCAUUCAUGGGGCAAAUGGCGUUGUGGUCGAGGCCUCGGCCGUGGCUCGUCAUCCGCUCCUGGAGGCCGCCCUGCCCGUUGAAGCCGAAAUGUUGGCCAUGUGGUCACAUCAGAGUGUCACGAUGGGCGAUGGGCUCACCAAUUCCAUGUAUUCGGUCUACAAUCUAGUGGGAGAUGUUCGAAAUCCCCAGCAGACACUCAACCGUGAGAUCUGGGUCAAUCAGUCGCGUAUGAUUGGUGUGGAAUUUGAUCAGUUCACGAACCGCGAGACAUUCUACGAUGCCAACAGGACGCCCAUUCUGAUAGUGGCCUACGAUCAAUCGGGUCUGCCCAAAUCGUAUUAUCCAACCAACGGUUAUCCGGUCAACAUCACCUACGAUCGUUUCAAUCGCGUCGAAGGCUGGGCCUGGGGACCUGCUGAGCUCAAGUACAGCUACGAUCGUCAUGGCCUGCUGUCGGAGAUCACUUCGCAACAGGAUGGCAUCAUAUCGUUUGUCUACAACGAUUGGAAUCUUGUCUCGGAGAUCGGUUUGGCCAGUCAGCGGAAGUUCGUGCUGCAAUACGACGAGGCUGGUGGCCUGCGUCACGUCAUCCUGCCAUCGGGAACACGGCACAGCUUCAGCAUGCAGACAUCCAUCGGUUUCAUUCGUUGCACUUACACACCGCCGGGCAGUACGCGUGCCUAUCUACAGCACUACAGUCAUGCCGGAGCUCUGCUCCAGACAAUACUACCCGGUGAUGGAGCUCGGAUUGUCUAUCGUUACAAUGCCGCCGGCCAACUGACCGAGGUGGUGCACGGCGAUGGACGCAGUGAGUUCACGUAUAACGAGGUCACGGGCAUGCCAAGCACCGUGUCACAUGCCGAGCGCGAAUUGGAAUACCGCUGGGACUUUGAAUACGCCUCGGGCCUGCUCACCGAGGAGCGCAUCGACUAUGUGGCCAAGACGGGGCUGAGCAAUGCCAAGUUCAGCUACGAGUACGACAGCCAACUGAGGGUAGUGGCCCUGCAGGGCCGCAUUGGAGGUCAGAAUCUUCCCACCCAGGCAUUCGCUUACGAUCCCAGGACUGGACAACCCAGCCUAAUUGGACAAUUUAAGUUUACUCGACCGGCCCGUAAUCAGACGCAGCUGCAUGAUGGCACCGCUGGCUUCACUCGCACCGUCGACGGACGCUUCCAGACACAGCGCAUGGCCCUGGCCAUUCAUCGGCUGGAAGUCUUCCGCAUGGAGUUCUCGUACGGUGUGCACGGCCGCAUAUCCCAGACUCGGACCUACACUCGCAACAUGGCAGUGAACAGCUACACGAAUGUCAAGAACUACACCUGGGACUGCGAUGGUCAGCUGGUGGGUGUGGAGGCCCAGGAGCCAUGGGGUUUCCGCUACGACGACAAUGGGAACUUACUGUCGCUGACCUAUCGGGGCAAUACCAUACCCAUGGAGUACAAUAACCAGGACCGCAUCGUCAAGUUCGGCGAGGGGCAGUACAAGUACGAUGCCCGCGGUCUUGUGGCCCAGAAUGCACGCGAGGAACGUUUCCACUACAAUACGCAAGGUCUCCUGGUGCGAGCCUCCAAGCGGGGACGCUUCGAUGUGAGAUACUAUUACGAUCAUCUGAAAAGAUUGACCACACGCAAGGAUAACUUUGGCAAUGUCACCCAGUUCUUCUAUACGAAUCAGCAGCGACCCUAUGAAGUCUCGCAGAUAUAUUCGCCGCGUGACGGUAAGCUAAUGUCCCUGACCUACGAUGAUGUCGGCCAUUUGAUCUAUGCCCAGGUGUACAGACACAAAUACUAUGUGGCCACGGACCAGAGUGGCACUCCGUUGAUGCUGUUCAAUCAGUAUGGCGAGGGAAUACGCGAGAUAAUGCGUUCGCCUUUCGGCCACAUUGUGUACGAUUCGAAUCCGUAUUUGUAUUUGCCUAUCGAUUUCUGUGGCGGAAUUCUGGAUCAGGUCACCACGCUGGUCCAUAUGGGGGAUGGACGGGUCUAUGAUCCGCUGAUUGGCCAAUGGAUGUCGCCCGAUUGGCAGUGGGUGGCCGAACGUAUCAUCACACCCACGCGCCUGCAUCUGUAUCGGUUUAAUGGCAACGAUCCCAUCAAUGUGGGUCACGAGCGACACUAUCCGGAUAACUUUGCCAGCUGGAUGCAAACCCUGGGCUACAAUGUGGGCAAUCUGAUGCCCCAGUUGGCCAAGGAGCGCGAUUUGUGGCAACCACCGGCACUCUGGGGACGUCCGCCCACCAAUCCCAUAGCCUUGAAUAUGCGACGACCCUUCGAUAAUAUUCCCACGAUGACGGUGGAGAGCGGUUUCCUGGCCCAUCUCAAUGUGCGACGCAUGUCCGACUUCGAGCAGUUGUCGGCGCCACCGCGUUCUGCCCUGAAAUGCGAUGUAAUGGAUCCUUCACCACGCAGCAUAGGCUCGGAUACGGAGCCACCGUUUGGCAAGGGAAUCGUGGUAUCACGCACAGCCGAUGGCCAGGCCAUUGUAUCGAGUGUUCCGGCAGCCAAUGCCAUUUAUCGUGAUGUCUACACAAGCGUCUUCAAUCGCUCCAAGCUGCUGCCCUUCACUUUCGUGGUGCACAAUGCCCAGCAGGACUCGUUCUUCUUUGUCAAGGAGGAUGCGUGGCGGGCCAGUGAGGAUCGCCAGCAGUUGAAACGUCUCCAGGGUCAGGUGAAUACCACGUUCCAUGAGAUCACCCGAGAAAGUACGCCGGGCAGUACAUCCUCCUCCUCUUCGUCGUCGUCCUCAUCGUCAUCGCCAGCUUCAUCGAGUGGCUCCUCCUCUGGAUCUGGCUCAUCGGGUGCAUCAUCGCAGGGCAAUUAUUUGGAUGUGAAAAUCCAUGGGGCACAUGCCAUCAUCAAUUUGCGCUACGGCACCACCGUGGCCAAGGAGCAGCAACGUCUCAUGCACCAUGCCAAGCUGACGGCCGUGCGCAAGGCCUGGCAUCGGGAGAAGGAGGCCCUGCGCAGUGGCCUCACCACAAUCCUGGAAUGGACGCAACAGGAAAGCGACGAGAUUCUCAAACAGAGCUAUGCGAACAACUACGAGGGUGAAUACAUCCACGAUGUGAUGCUCUAUCCCGAACUGGCCGAGGAUCCCUAUAACAUAAAGUUUGUAAAGAAGAAGGGAGCCACCGGUGGGGCAGCGGGUGUCCCGAAUGUUAGCAGGCGGCGACGUAGCAUUGAUUCAGAGCAAAUUGCCUGUUAGCUCUUAGUCUAAAGCCCCGCCCCGCCCGCCCCCCACACACACAAACACACAUCCCACAUUCAUUAACUACCAGCUAGUACGUAAAAACAGAAUUAGAGUUGCUGCAAAAGGCAACUAAACUAAUAUACAUAUAUGAGGAAAUAAAUCGUAAAAAUAGAAACAAUAAUGCAAAACACAUAGAGAAGAAAAUCCCCUCCUCUCCCCUGCCUCCUCAACAAAAAAAAAGAAAGAAAUAAAGAAAGACAACCCCGUCAAGUGUGCCAUCAGUUAAGACUUUCGAUUUGACAUAAUCACAUAAUCUUACCGAAAAACUAAAAACCAAAAGGUGUCACGGUACAGAGUCCCGCCUCAAAACUAAAGCCUUCUCUGAAGCACACACACUUGAACAAUUCUACAUACAUACAUAUAUAUGAUACACAUACGAAUAUAUAUAUAUAA